CGCUUCCGCCGGCUCCGCCUCCACUUCUUUCCCCGCCCGCACUAUGGACGAGAUGGCAGCCGAGCUGGGGGCGGUGAGCCCGGAGCAGGCGGCGGCUCCCGUGAACACCGUGGAGUUGGAGCAACUCGUUGCAACUACGCAAGCAGCCUUUACAGCCUGCGUUGCGGCCAUCAGCGGCGAAAAAUGGCGACUACUUCCAGCAUUUCUAAAGGUGAAAGGACUUGUGAAGCAGCACAUAGACUCGUUCAACUACUUCAUCAAUGUAGAGAUAAAGAAAAUUAUGAAAGCCAAUGAGAAAGUUAUAAGUGAUGCUGACCCCAUGUGGUACUUAAAGUAUCUCAAUAUCUAUGUGGGUACCCCAGAUGUUGAAGAAAGCUUUAAUGUAACACGGCCUGUGUCUCCUCAUGAGUGUCGCCUGAGAGAUAUGACCUACUCUGCCCCAAUAACAGUGGACAUUGAAUACACAAGAGGCAGUCAGAGGAUUAUUCGCAAUGCAUUACCCAUUGGCAGAAUGCCCAUAAUGCUUCGCAGUUCCAAUUGUGUUCUUACUGGGAAAACGCCAGCAGAGUUUGCCAAACUUAAUGAGUGCCCUUUAGAUCCAGGUGGCUACUUCAUUGUUAAAGGUGUAGAGAAAGUCAUUCUCAUUCAAGAGCAGUUGUCCAAAAACAGGAUCAUUGUGGAAGCUGAUAGAAAAGGGACGGUUGGAGCCUCUGUUACCAGUUCUACUCACGAGAAGAAGAGCAGAACAAAUAUGGCUGUGAAACAAGGAAGAUUUUAUUUGAGGCAUAACACCCUAUCAGAAGAUAUUCCCAUUGCUGUCAUAUUUAAGGCCAUGGGUGUUGAAAGUGACCAAGAGAUUGUACAGAUGAUUGGUACAGAGGAACACGUGAUGGCUGCAUUUGCUCCUAGUUUGGAAGAAUGCCAAAAAGCUCAGAUUUUUACACAGAUGCAGGCCUUAAAGUACAUAGGAAACAAGGUACGAAGGCAAAGGAUGUGGGGAGGCCCAAAGAAAACAAAGAUGGAAGAAGCUCGUGAGCUGCUAGCAUCAACUAUCCUGACUCAUGUUCCCGUGAAAGAAUUCAAUUUCCGUGCCAAGUGCAUUUACACAGCUGUGAUGGUCCGCAGGGUGAUCCUAGCCCAAGGAGAAAACAAAGUAGACGACAGAGACUAUUAUGGAAACAAGAGAUUGGAGUUGGCAGGACAGCUACUUUCCCUCCUAUUUGAAGAUUUGUUCAAAAAAUUUAAUUCUGAACUGAAAAAAAUUGCUGACCAGGUGAUACCCAAGCAGAGAGCAGCCCAAUUUGAUGUAGUGAAGCAUAUGCGUCAAGAUCAGAUCACCAAUGGCAUGGUAAAUGCCAUCUCCUCAGGAAAUUGGUCACUGAAAAGAUUCAAAAUGGACCGCCAAGGUGUGACACAGGUGUUGUCUCGCUUGUCUUAUAUAUCUGCUUUGGGAAUGAUGACUAGAAUCUCUUCUCAGUUUGAGAAGACAAGAAAAGUGAGCGGUCCUCGAUCUCUGCAGCCAUCUCAGUGGGGUAUGCUUUGCCCAUCAGACACUCCUGAAGGAGAGGCUUGUGGUUUGGUUAAAAACCUAGCUCUGAUGACUCACAUUACCACUGAUAUGGAAGAUGGACCCAUUAUUAAAUUGGCUGGUAAUCUUGGAGUAGAAGAUGUAAACUUAUUAUGUGGAGAAGAACUUUCAUAUCCAAAUGUGUUCCUUGUUUUCCUUAAUGGUAACAUCCUUGGUGUCAUUCGAGAUCAUCAAAAGCUAGUCAACACGUUUCGGCUAAUGCGGCGCGCAGGUUACAUCAAUGAAUUUGUUUCGAUCUCUACAAAUCGCUCUGACAGAUGUGUCUACAUUUCUUCUGAUGGAGGAAGAUUGUGCAGACCUUAUAUAAUUGUAAAGAAGCAAAAGCCAGCAGUUACAAACAAACACAUGGAAGAACUCGCUCAGGGAUACAGGAAUUUUGAAGAUUUUUUACACGAAGGCCUAGUUGAAUACUUGGAUGUGAAUGAGGAAAAUGAUUGCAACAUUGCACUGUACGAGCAUACAGUUAACAAAGAGACGACACAUUUGGAGAUUGAACCUUUCACACUUCUUGGUGUUUGUGCUGGGCUUAUUCCAUAUCCUCACCAUAACCAGUCCCCAAGAAACACUUACCAGUGUGCUAUGGGGAAGCAAGCAAUGGGUACCAUUGGCUACAAUCAGCGGAACAGAAUUGAUACUCUUAUGUAUUUGCUAGCAUAUCCACAAAGGCCAAUGGUUAAAACAAAAACCAUUGAACUGAUAGAGUUUGAGAAACUGCCAGCAGGACAGAAUGCUACAGUUGCUGUAAUGAGCUACAGCGGUUAUGAUAUUGAAGAUGCUCUCGUCUUAAACAAGGCCUCCUUGGACAGAGGAUUUGGAAGAUGUCUUGUAUACAAGAAUGCUAAGUGUACUCUGAAGCGCUACACAAAUCAGACAUUUGAUAAAGUGAUGGGUCCAAUGUUGGAUGCAGCUACACGUAAACCAAUUUGGCGUCAUGAAAUUUUAGAUGCUGAUGGAAUCUGCUCUCCAGGUGAAAAAGUAGAAAAUAAACAAGUGCUCGUAAAUAAAUCUAUGCCAACUGUGACCCAGACUCCUCUGGAAGGAAGUAGCGUGCCACAGCAACCGCAGUAUAAAGAUGUACCAGUAACCUACAAGGGUGCAACUGAUUCGUAUAUCGAAAAAGUAAUGAUCUCCUCCAACGCAGAGGAUGCUUUUUUGAUCAAAAUGUUGUUGAGACAGACUAGACGUCCAGAAAUUGGAGAUAAAUUUAGCAGUCGUCAUGGACAAAAAGAUUUCUUCUUGCUUCUCUACAAGUCACAAUGAAGAAAAAAGUUGGACUCCUUUGAUGUGAAAAAGCAAUAUAUCACUUCUCUGAAAGAACAUUUCUCAGUCUCUCAUGUGAAAAAGGAUUAACACCUCCAACAAAGGUCCUGUAGAUCACAGAACUAAGCAGCAAUACUGAACAGUAUUCCUGAGGAGUGGAAAAACUGUAUUUAAGCAAGAGAUUGUUUGAACUGGCAAACAGAGGCUUUUUAAUAGCUGAAGAUCUAAGAUAAAGGAUUAAACCGUUCUGAAGUAUCUACACUUAAACAACUCUAAAGACGAGGAAGCAAGUUUAAAUUCAUGAAAGACUGCCUUUGUUUUCCUAAAUGAACCAUGUUUUUUAGUGUCAAAACAAUCUAUUUACUUCAUUGUGAACUACAUAAACUUCAUUGCGUUACCAAAUAUCUAUUAAACCGUGGGCUUGCUUAAAUUUUUUUCUUGAUUUAGAGCAGUUGCAUAGUCCAAAUAGCCACAAAGUAUGAAUUUAGAUGUACGUAAGUAUUGUGUCCAAAGACAAAACAAAGGAGCAGCAUGCUUUGUCUCAUUAAGUAAUACUUGCACAGUAUGUAUAAAGAGAAGUACAUUAAGAUACUAUAUUUUUAAAUGGCUGCUUGUAUCAUUUUUUUGUUUUCUUUGCAUGUAAACCUCACUUGAUACCUCAUAACAUCAGGCAUGAUCACUAAAGAUAUAUGUCAGAAGCUUCAGAAAAGUAGGAAAAGUACAUAGUAUAGUAGGAAGAUUUUUGGAAUGGCAUUAGGCAGUUUUCUCUAGAAAGAGGCUUCAUUUCUCCUGGUACAUAUUAAACAGCGACUCCAGGAAUCUAAGAUGGAUAAAACUUGUUGGAGACUAUGGGGGGGUUGGUUUUUUUUGCUAUGUUACUUUAAUCUUCAAAUAUGUAAUGAAGAAAAAAUCCCAUAGUAAUUCCAUUACAGCUCUAGAUUGUUUUGUAACUAAACCAUGUUUUAUCUUUUCUAUUUUAAGAAUUAAAUUACAGCAUUUUUUUUUUAUCUCAAAUAGCAAACAGGUAACCUUCUGACCUUUUCAGUAAAUCCCCAAUUGAACCUUUGAAAUUAGGGUGAUUUUAGCAUUUUAUGGCACAGAAUAAAAAUCUCUAAUUCUGUUUCCAAAUAGUGUAACCUGAACACACAUUUUAUUAAGCUCUUGACUCAUUCAGCCAUGUGUAUUUUGUAAAGUUCCUAUGGUUAUUGUUUUACAAUAGCUGCUUCCAGAAGCAUUGUAAGGGUUUCAAUUAAUCAGCUCUUUGUGUGCUUCAGACUAUGCAAAUUUAUCACAUCAGACCAUUCAGCAGCUCCUGGGAAAGCAGUGUACAAACUGUAUUGUCUUCUAGCGCCUCCUCUCAUUUGGAGUGAUGUUUUUAAUAAGAAAGCUAAUCAAGUUUACUUAUGCAUUAUUUAUCUGUUAAUUUUAAUUCUGUCCUUCUUUACAUCUUAUGUCAAAUGGGAUGUAGCUACUGAUAUGAUAGAUCUGUAAAUGAUUCGGCAGUUGAGCAAAGCCAGUAUGAUUUAGCACUCUUUCUCUGGAGUUGUACAUAGUUGUUUAACAAACACAGUAGCUAAUUGGAGGAUUUUGAAGCGAAUGUACCUUUUUGUGUUUCUCCUUAUGAUUUUACAGGCUUCUUGUCUCCCAAAUGCCUUGCAGUUUUACAGUUGGAAUUGUAUUUGGAAAUAUUUUUUCUUGCUGGAGGGGCUUAGCUCAUACCUUUAAGCCCGCUGCCUGUUUUGUUACUAGGUGCAUUUAGUAAUGAAAAAUCCAGAGUGUAAUGUUGGUUUUGUAGUGGUAGAAUCAUGUAGGUGCAAAACAAAACCAUCCAGUAGUGGGCUGGUUUUCACAUCUCCAACAGAAAUUAGUAUUAUUGCUGCUGAUACUUCUAUUCACUCACUUAGUUCCCUUUGUUUUCUGAUGUGCCUCCUACUGGUAAUAAUUAGUUUUGCAUUUUUUUACUUCUUCGAUUCUUUUUUUUUUAUCCUUUUAAUUUUGUGUGUUUAUGGAAGGAAUCCAUGUAGUAUUGUGUGAAAACAACAUUCUCCUACUGCUGGAUAUUUUUGUUUGUCAAACCAUUUAACAAGAGUGGUAAAUUUAUGUUGCAUAGCAAACAAUGAAAGCAACAUCUAGCAAAAGAAGAAAAUCUAGUAUCUGAGUCUCUGCAAAUGUAAAAAUAAAAUCUCUGAAAAAGACAUUCAAAGGAAUUAAGGUAUUCUUAAGACUCUGAUACUGCAAUGGGAUCCACAAGGUUAGGGCCUCAAAGUCCCACGGAAACUAAUGGUACUCCAUGAAGACUGGGAUUUAUGCCAACAUGGGUCCUUUUAAAGGACAGAGGCCAUAGUAUUUAAAGUGAGGAAAUUGCCACAUAUCUGAGCAGUAUAUGGCAGCAGUAGCUGAAGAAUGCUGCUCAUGGUUAUUGUUUAAAAGUUUCUUUAAAUAAUUGGUUUUUGUUACUUAGCUAUUCCUUUUUCAACCAACUGGAGUACUCAUGCAUAAAUGUUGUCAGCCAUAAUCUUUAAAACAAACUAAACAAAACGAAACAAAAAAAACUUCUAUGGCAUUAAUUUUAAUUUCACAGUGAGCCAUCUCAAAAUAAAUUCCUUUCAGUAAGUUAUUAUGCAAUUAAAGAAAAUCAAAAUUAUAAUUGAAAAAAUAGAGGUCUAGAAAACAUCCAGCAGUUUGACUGCUUACAAAUAUAAACUGCUUAGACGAACCAGUGCAUUUUAAAAAAGUGACACAUGCACACCCACUCACUUUAAUUCAUACUUUGGAUUGUCUAUAUGUGAUAAAUAGGUUUUUCUCAUAAUCUGAAAACGAUUAUGUCUAUAGUAAAAUCGAUACAAAUAUUAUUUACAUUAAUCCUACAGGAUGGAUUAUUACAAUAGAAGUAUGAUACUCCCAGACUAACAGAUGGGUUAUGGGUGGUUAAGGUGGUGAAUUUCAGUUUGGCUGUGUACAAGGCAAGCCCUUCAGACCAGCAGCUUUCUUAUGUCUUGCAUCUAUGUUUAUUUCUGCAGUGCUUAAUCAUCCAAUCCCAAUUGCUGUUCCAUUGUAAUGAGUGAAUUCAUUUGAUCAUUUUUUUUCAUACUCUGCUUUUACUGUCAAAUGAGUGCAAUUGAGUAGUUAACUUUUUUCCCUUCCCCCUUGGGUAUUUUGACCUUGUAAUGGUGUUUCCCUUUUACCACUGGAAGGUUGCACUGUAAACAAUGGGUCAAGAAUUCUGAAUGAGCUGGGGCAUGGACUCUGUAUCUUAAACUAUGAACCUGUAAGCAGCGUUUUAUAUGGCAAAAUAUUCUCCAGGUGACUAGUUGUAUUUGUUACAAAGGACAAAUUGGCUUCUAAAUGCAGUAUGCUAUACACAGCUACUAUUAUUCGUGCAAUACACAGACCAUAGAGAAGUUUUAAAUAGGGGUAUUUCCCCGAGAAGGAAUGACCUGCAGUGAGAGAGUUUAGUUUUACUUUAAAAAAAUAAGAAAGAAAGGAAAGGGAGGAAAACAUCCUUUGUCACAUUCUCCAAAUAUAGAUGUUUGACAUAGAUAUAGAGGAAUAGAUAGUCUCUGACUUUUAAAAAAAAUCGUUUUUUGCAUCUUGGUUUAGGAUUAAGAUUUAUGACUUCUUGCAGAAAUAGGACUUUAAAAAUGGCCUACUGGGUUUCAGAUCAUCAGAUUCUGUCUAAAUAUUUUGUUUUAACUUCUAAGCUCAUUAUGCUGUCUUUGUGUUAACUUGUAUUAAAAUCUGUCAGCUAUGACUGGUCUCAUAACCACAGUCAGCGGACCAGAAUAAGUUAAUUAUUUACUUGUGUCACUAGUGCUCUUCAUCUAAUGAAAUGCACAGCUGUGUUAGAUCUGCAGUUGGAUGUGUAGAUUCCAUUGUUAUACAAGUCAGCAGAGGGUAGAAGCCGCUAUGAUGGAGAGCCCUCAGUUCUUUCUGCUGUUCUGCCUUUCUGUGUCGAUUUCAUGGAUCUUUUAUCAUUCACUUUCACACAAAACAAACAACACAGUGGCUGUCUACUAUGGGAACCGUCUUGGCAUAUAAAAGGGUUUUCAGAUCCUAAAGUAAUUUUAAGUUAGCUAAGAUUUAAUUUUUGGCUUACAGGUGCCCUUAGUCCAGAUGCAACCUCAAGUUUUUGUAAAAAGAGAAUGCAAAUGUGGGGUAAACCCGUAUGCUAUAUAUACAUAUAUAUUUUUAGGAUGGGGAAAUAAAAUCAUCCUGCAAGCAAAAAA